CGUAGCGCCGGAGACGAGAGCACCUGGCAAAGCGACCUGAGUAGUCGCCGUCAGGCCUCACUCGCUCGACGCACCCAGCUCGGACUAGAUGCGUUUCUAGGUGCCGCGGCAACACACUCGCAAACGAUGCUGUCGGCCAGGGUGAUCGUUAGCAGGGCCUACAGCCGCAGCACCAAGGUGGUGAAGGCGCCGCACGCCAGCGUCCUGGUGGAACCGCCGCAGGUCGCCCAUGAAGGCGCCGAAGCCGUUGACGAACGCCGAGUCAAGCCGUACUCCAGCAUUCCCGGCCCGCGGGCGCUCCCCCUGUUGGGAAAUUCGUGGCGCUUCUUGCCCUUCGUCGGAACGUACAAAAUCGAGGAGGUGCACAAAACCUCGCAACACUUGUACGAGCAGUUUGGACCGAUUGUAAAGCUGAGCAACAUCCUUGGACGGCCGGACAUGGUGUUUCUGUUCGACGCCGAUGAGAUCGAGCGGGUGUUCCGAAGCGAAGAGCUGAUGCCGCUGCGGCCAUCGAUGCCGUCGCUCAACUACUACAAGCAUGUGCUGCGGAAAGACCUGUUUGGAGACACCGGUGGAGUAAUUGCCGUACAUGGUGAGAACUGGUAUAAUUUUCGCACAAAAGUCCAGCAGCCGAUGUUGCAGCCGCGAACAGCUAAGUUGUACGUAAGGCCCAUCGAAGAGACUGCAGACGCGUUUGUCAACCGAAUUCAAGCCAUUAGAGAUGAAAACGACGAUGUGCCAGAAAAUUUUAUGAACGAAAUUCAUAAAUGGUCCCUUGAAUCAAUCGCGAGAGUGGCCUUGGACAAGAGGCUGGGGUGCCUUGCCCCAUACCUGGCCCCUGAGUCCGACGCACAGAGGAUGAUCGACGCAGUGGGCACGUUUUUCAAAAACGUCGGUAACUUGGAGUUGAAAAUCCCGUUUUGGCGACUUUUCCCAACUCCGACCUGGAAUAAAUAUAUCAGUGCCCUAGAUGUUAUUCGAAGUGUUUCGAGUAGAUACAUUGACUCUGCAAUGGAGGAACUAGAGAGGAAUCCUCGUCCACUGGACCACACAUCGUCUCUGCUGCAGAGAAUCCUGCAAAAUACGAACAAGAAAACUGCGUACAACCUCGCGCUAGAUAUGUUCCUCGUCGGAAUUGACACUACGUCAGCCGCUAUUGCAUCAAUCCUGUACCAACUGGCAUUGAAUCCUGACAAACAAGAGAAACUUUUUCGAGAAAUCGAGCAGGUCUUGCCAAAUUUCGAUUCACACCUGAAUGCGGAAAAUGUUGAUAGCUUUAGUUACUUAAAAGCGUGCAUCAAAGAAACGCUUAGAAUGUACCCAGUGGUGAUUGGAAACGGCCGGUGCAUGACACGCGAUACUGUGAUAGCAGGCUACGAAAUCCCAGCAGGAGUUCAGGUAGUUUUCCAGCACCUAAUUAUCAGCAAUCAAGAGAGAUACUUCUCCGAGCCAAAGAAAUUCACGCCUGAAAGGUGGAUGAAGGCGUCUCAGUGCCAAGGCGAAUCAGGACUUUGUCCUGUGCGAAAGCCGAUCCAUCCCUUCGUCUCUCUACCCUUCGGAUACGGAAGGAGGAUGUGCUUGGGCAGGCGGUUCGCCGAUUUAGAAAUUCAGACCCUAAUUGCAAAAAUUGUCAAGAAGUAUAGAGUGGAGUACCAUCACGAGCCUCUGCAGUACAAAGUCACGCCAAUGUUUAUGCCAACCGGACCUUUGAAACUGCGUUUCCUAGAGAGAUAAUUUUUUAACUAUUUAUGUACUCUCAUCCCUGCCAUUUUCUAUAAAAAUUAAAAUAUUAGUAAAAACA